GAAAAGGGUGCCAUCCCAAUCAGCUGUUAGUUUAACGUCAAGACAAUCGGGGAUUUCGUAACGUCCAAAACACACGGGACUACAGUAGUCUCAAAUAGCAGCGGCAGCUGAUAAUGUACGGCAUUCGCUGCCUGCGCCAGUUGUAUGUCCUCCGGACCCCGGCACGCCCACUGACUUGGAGGCUCCGUGGAUCCCUGGACUCCCGGCGGGAUUUCACGGUCUUGUGUCGGGUGAAGGCCUUCGAAAUCGGUCCGCGAAAACGCCCGGGUCUUCGUUUGAGCCAUGGCAAGGGGGAGACGAAGGGCGGGGCCCUGGGCUUUCUACUCAUGCGAUGGACAAAAAUUGCCUGGAGCAAUAUGUUCGGAAAGUACCUGCUCAUCACGAACGUGGUGGGCUCUGGUCUUCUGAUGGUGGUCGGCGACGUAAUCGCCCAGGAAUACGAGUACCGGAGGGGACUGCGGCACCAGGACCGCUUCGACACGGAUCGCAUGUUCAGGAUGUUUGUGGCGGGCGCUCUACAGGGACCCCUCCAUCACUACGUCUACAACUGGAUGGACAGAGUGAUGCCCGCCCGCACAUUUCAGAACAUCGUCAAGAAGAUCCUGAUAGACCAGCUGGUCAUGUCGCCCGCCUGCAUCCUCAUUUUCUUCUAUUCCAUCUGCUAUCUGGAGCGCCAAACACUGGAAGCCACCAACCAGGAGCUGAUCAGUAAGUUCCCGUACGUCUACCUGCUCGACUGGAUGACCUGGCCGGCGGCGCAGUAUCUAAACUUUCGCUACCUGGACACCAAAUACCGCGUGACCUUCGUCAAUGUCUGCACGGCGGUGUAUAAUGUGCUUAUGUCCUACAUGAAGCACGAUUUUGGAAUCCAUUUGCCUCUUGAAGAAGAAUUGGGGGACCCCACCAAGAUGUCCUUUGUGCUAACGAAUUCCCCGACAAAUUCAGAAGCCGAGAAGUCCGGUUAAUUGUGAUAUUGAUUAAAGUCGAAAUUUCCAAGUCACUGUGAAAAGAGGUGUUAUUAUGCAAAAGGAAGAGGCUUUUAGAACAAAUAUAAAUGUAUGUAUAUCGUACAAAGGUGAACCUGAACGUUGUCUACGUUGUAAUCCCUAGAGUAAAUAAACUAAACCUUGUCAUGACGAACAUUA